AUGAUAGCAGCACCAGAGAUACCGCCAGAGUUCGCCUAUCCGGACACCGAUACAAGAUUCUCAUCUGAUACAGACUUCUCUGAGGAUAUCGAUGGAAGGAGUACAAGCUCAAAAGGAAAGGGUGGUAAGAAGGGAAAGAAAGCAGCAGGGGAGAAAGGCAAAGGAGGAAAGGGGGCAGGCCGACUAAAUGGCCACCACCAGGAAAAUGGCAUGGAAAACAUGAUGCUGUUUGAGGUAGUGAGGCUAGGCAGGAGUGCAAUGCAGUGCGUUGUAGAUGACUGGAUAGAGUCUUAUAAGCAUGACAGAGAUGUUGCGCUAUUAGACCUAAUCAAUUUCUUCAUCCAGUGCUCAGGAUGCAAAGGUGUUGUUUCCGGAGAAAUGUUUCGUAACAUGCAGAACUCUGAGAUCAUUCGACGAAUGACAGAGGAGUUUGACGAGGAUAGUGGUGACUACCCUCUAACUAUAGCAGGGCCUCAGUGGAAAAAGUUUAAAUCCAGUUUUUGUGAAUUUAUUUCGGUGCUCGUUCGUCAAUGUCAAUAUAGUAUCAUCUAUGAUGAGUACAUGAUGGACACAGUCAUCUCUCUGCUCACCGGACUAUCAGACUCUCAAGUCAGAGCCUUCAGACACACUUCAACACUGGCAGCAAUGAAGUUGAUGACUGCCCUGGUGAAUGUAGCUCUCAAUCUGAGCAUCAACAUGGACAACACGCAGCGGCAGUACGAGGCAGAGAGGAACAAGAUGGUGGCCAAAAGAGCCAACGACCGACUGGAGCUGCUGCUACAGAAACGCAAAGAGCUCCAAGAAAACCAAGAUGAAAUUGAAAACAUGAUGAAUGCAAUUUUCAAAGGAGUGUUCGUCCACAGAUAUCGUGAUGCAAUAGCAGAAAUCAGGGCGAUCUGUAUAGAAGAGAUUGGAGUGUGGAUGAAACUCUAUAGUGAUGCCUUCCUCAAUGACAGCUAUUUGAAGUAUGUGGGCUGGACAAUGCACGACAAGCAAGGAGAAGUGCGCCUGAAAUGUCUGACAGCGUUGCAGGGACUCUACUACAACAGAGAACUCAAUGCACGGCUGGAGCUCUUCACUAGUCGCUUCAAGGAUCGAAUUGUGUCAAUGACUCUUGACAAAGAGUAUGAUGUUGCAGUGCAGGCAAUUAAACUUCUCACCCUUGUUCUUAAUAGCACAGAUGAAGUCCUGACCCCGGAGGACUGUGAGAGCGUCUAUCACUUGGUUUACUCGGCUCACAGACCGGUGGCUGUCGCAGCUGGAGAAUUUCUCUAUAAGAAGUUGUUCAGUCAGCGAGAGCCAGAGGAAGAAGGCGCCCCCAAAAGGAGAGGAAGACAAAGCCCAAAUGCCAAUCUUAUAAAAACUACCGUCUUUUUCUUCUUGGAGAGCGAGCUUCACGAACAUGCGGCCUACCUGGUCGACUCCCUGUGGGAAUGUGGGCCUGAGCUGCUGAAGGACUGGGAGUGUAUGAUCAGUUUAUUGCUCGACGAUCCUUUGCCGGGAGAGGAGCCUCUCACGGACAGACAGGAAACUGCGUUGAUUGAAAUCAUGUUGUGCACGGUACGGCAAGCUGCAGAAUGCCACCCACCAGUCGGACGAGGCUCCGGAAAGAGGGUAAUGACAGCAAAGGAGAAGAAGACGCAGUUGGAUGACAGAACUAGAAUGACAGAAUUAUUUGCUGUGGCGUUGCCCCCUCUACUGGCCAAGUAUAAUGUAGAUUCGGAGAAAGUCACAAACCUGUUGCAGUUGCCGCAGUAUUUUGACUUGGAGAUCUACACGACGGGGCGUCUGGAAAAGCACCUGGAGUCCCUUCUGCGGCAGAUCAAGGAGAUAGUGGAAAAGCACACAGACACUGAAGUCCUGGAGACCUGCUCCAAGACUUACCAUGCCCUCUGCAACGAGGAGUUCACAAUCUUUAACAAAGUGGAUAUCGCUCGCUCGCAGCUGCUGGACGAACUGGUGGACAAGUUUAACCGGCUAUUGGAAGAUUUCCUACAAGAGGGGGAAGAAGCCGAUGAGGAUGACGCGUAUCAGGUUUUGUCGACGCUAAAAAGAAUCACAGCAUUUCACAACGCACAUGACCUAUCUGGCUGGGACCUGUUUAGCAGUAACUUCAAGCUCCUAAACACAGGAAUAGAGAACGGAGACAUGCCAGAGCAGAUAGUCAUCCACUCACUUCAAUGCACCCACUAUGUCAUUUUAUGGAACUUGGCAAAAUCCUCGGAGGGCAGUGCAAGAAAGGACGACCUGGUGACUCUGAGAAAACAGAUGAGAGCGUUUUGUAUGAUGUGCCAGCGAUACCUCACAAACGUCAACACUGCAGUCAAAGAACAGGCCUUCACAAUCCUGUGCGACCUCCUGCUCAUCUUCAGUCAUCAGAUGGUGGCAGGGGGUCGGGAGCACCUGGAGCCCCUGGUAUACUCCCCAGAGGACUCGCUCCAGUCCGAGCUCCUCUCCUUCAUCCUCAACCACGUCUUCAUCGACCAGGACGACGACUCCAACAGCACAGAUGGUCAGCAGGACGAUGAAGCUGUGAAGAUUGAAGCUCUGCACAAGAGAAGAAACCUCUUAGCCGCUUACUGUAAACUCAUCAUCUACUGCGUGGUGGAGAUGAAUACUGGGGCCGACAUCUUCAAACAGUACAUGAGGUAUUACAAUGACUAUGGCGACAUCAUCAAAGAGACCAUGAGCAAGACCAGACAAAUCGACAAGAUCCAGUGUGCCAAGACGCUCAUCCUCAGUCUGCAGCAGCUAUUUCACGAGAUGCUGUCAGAGCUGGGUCACGGUUUCGAUCGUUCUUCGUCUGCGUUCUGCGGGAUCAAGGAGCUGGCGCGUCGCUUCUCCCUCACGUUCGGUCUGGACCAGGUCAAAACCAGAGAUGCCAUUGCUAUGCUUCACAAAGACGGCAUAGAGUUUGCGUUCAAAGAUCCCAGUACUCAGGGAGAAGGGGGUCCUCCUCUGAACCUGGCAUUCUUGGACAUUCUCAGCGAAUUUUCCUCUAAACUCAUGAGACAAGACAAGAGGACUGUGCACAUGUACUUGGAGCGCUUCAUGACGUUCCAGAUGGCACUGCAGCGCGAGGACUGCUGGCUGCCCCUCAUCUCGUACAGGAACUCCCUACAGGCAGGGGGCGACGACGACACCAUGUCAGUGAUGAGCGGCUACUCAAGCAGGGGCUCGUCGGUGCGUUCCAAGAAAACCAAGCCCCCAGCGGCCACAGCUGGACCCUCAGUCGCCAAACGGAAACUCCCAGAAGAGGAGAGCAGCAGCAGCGAGAUGUGGCAGCAGACCAUGCAGACGCCGGUCAUGCUGCCCUCCCCUCACCUCACCUCCACCGUCAUGAGAGACCCUAAGAGGGCGCGCGAGGACAGCUACAUGGGCGUGUACCCCAUGGCUCACGACCAGACGCCACAUCACCCGCCUCAUCAUCAGCCCACGCCCCAGCAUCACCCCCCGCCCAUGGACUACAAUUCCCAGGUGACGUGGAUGUUGGCUCAGCGGCAGCAGGAAGAGGCGCGGCAGCAGCAGGAACGAGCCAUGAACUACGCCAAGCUCAGGUCCAAUCUCCAGCACGCGAUUCGUCGAGGCACUGGUCUGAUGGAGGAGGAUGAGGAACCCAUCGUGGAGGACGUGAUGAUGUCAUCGGAGGGGCGAAUGGACGACCUCAACGAAGGCAUGGACUUCGACACCAUGGACAUCGAUCUGCCUCCCUCUAAGAACCGGCGCGAGAGGUCAGAGCUCAAGCCAGAUUAUUUUGAUCCUGCCUCUAUCAUGGACGAGUCGGUCCUCGGAGUCUCCAUGUUUUAA